AUGGAUGUGUAUUUCAAAGUCAGUGACCGUGGAAGGCAACAAAGAUUAGGUGUGUGCUGUGUUGAAGGUUGCCCAUUUUAUGUAUAUGCUUCAUGGGACAGUAGGAGAGCUUGUAUAGUGGUGAAGACUGUGAAAAGUGAACAUUGGCGCCAAAGGAAUAUGAAGAGGAAUAGACAGCUUAAGUCAAAUUUGGUAGCUGGACAAUUCCUUGAGGUAUUCAAGACAAGGCCUCAUUGGCCUACAAAGGAAAUUCAAGAGUGUGUUAGAAAAGCUUUUAAGAUGUUGGUGAGUAGGGACUUUGCAUACAAGAUUAAGUACCAGGCUCAUAGGAUGUUGCAUGGUUCUAUGCAUGACCAUUACAGCAAGCUAGGUGGUUACAUGGUUGCAUUGGAGAGAAGCAGCCCUGGUACUAGGUUGGAGUUGGUAACUGAUUGUGAGAAGGAGCCUCCUACUUUUAAGAGGUUGUUCAUAUGCUUUGAAGGGUUAAAAGUGGGGUGGCACACUACUACAAAAAAGGAGGCUUGUAGGAAGGUGCUUGUAGUAGAUGCUUGCUUCCUCAAGACUUUUUUGGGGGGUCAGCUUAUGUCAGCUGUGGGAAGGGACAGCAAUGAUCAGAUGUUCCUAGUAUGUUGGGCCAUUGUUGAAGGUGAGAACAAUGACUCCUGGGAGUGGUUCUUCAAGCAAAUGCAAUCCACACUAGAUCUGAAGGAAGGGGAAGGCAUGACAAUCAUUUCAGAUGAACAUCAGAGGAUUCUGGUGAAGAAACAGACAAUGAUGAAAGCCACAACCAUGCUUUGUCCAAGAAUUCAAGCAAAGUUGGAAAUUGAGAAGCAAAAGACAGCUGAAUGUGAGGUUAUGCCAUCAUCUGAAACCCUAUUCAAUGUCACUUAA